AUGGAGGAGUGCACAGAAUCAUCAUCUACCUUGCAGGUAGAGCCUUCCUUUCCUCAGGCAGAGAAUCUGAAUCUACAACCACAAAUGCAGUAUCUGGCAAAGGAGAACCUUGCUGUUAGAGGCCAAGGCACACCUACCCUGGCCUCAGCCAUGAUGCCUGUACCUUGCUCACUUGAGCACUUUGACCAGUUUCAUGAUGACCCUGCCAGUCUCUCAGGGUUUCUUGCUCAAGUGACUACCUACUUGACAACUCUCAAGAGGAACAAUCCUACUGAUGGUGACAAGGUCAAACUCUUUUUCGACUACAUAUCUCAGCAGAUGAAAAGCUAUAGGGUCACAUCUGGGCCCAAUGAAAAUACUAUGCUGAAACAAUAUGAGAACUUUGUUCUUGAGUUCCAGAGGUCAUUUGGUGAAGCCACAAAACAAGAAAUAAAUCCUCUGAUCAAUGCUCAGGUUGUCAAAGGGAAUACCUCUUCUGAUCAAGACACUACUAUUUUACAGCUCCUGGCCCCAAAUCUGAGCUGUAAUGAAACCAGUCAGAGUGAUCUGUUCCAAGAGGGACUAUCUGAUCCCAUGCUGGAUGAAGAAAGUGUUACAGAUAUGGACAACCUUCCAGACCUUAUCACUCAGUGCAUUCAGUUGGAAAAGAAACGUAAUGACAGACCAGAGCUCCUACAGUCAGAGACCCAGCUCCCAAUGUUGGCUUCUUUGAUCCACCACCAAGCCCUCUCUAGCUCCAUAGGUCUACGACCAAAAGAAGAGCCUACACAGUUGCGAGGAGGCCAGCUGCCUCUCACCCCAGCCAAACGUGCCCGCCAGCAAGAAACUCAGUUGUGUCUCUACUGUAGCCAGUCUGGUCAUUUCACAAGAGAUUGCCUUGCCAAACGUUCUCGAGCCCCAGCAAGGACAAAUAACUCACCUUACCAGUAA